GCAGGGCUGCAGAAGUCUGCAGAUUUUACUACGGUUGUACUAUUUGAGUACGUUCAUUCAUGAGUUAGUUCAGUCGGGUUCUAUCUUUGGUGCUUCAGUUCGAAUUGGCAUUUUGGCCUUUGAAUUAUUUAUUCUGGAUUUUCGUAUUGAAGCAAAAUCCGGUAAAGACUGUGAGCUAGAGGUCGUGUACUUUCUCUUGAGCGCAAAAACGAGUUCUUAAGUUGCCACGACAGUUUUUCUGUGAAAAUUUUGAGGAAGUGCUGCCAAAAAAAUUCGUCUUAGUUCAAAGUCCGAUUGUUCAAUUAAUUAGAUCAGUAUCAAAAUGAAUUGGAUAGCCCAAAAGUCCAUUACGGUCCUCUCCAAUCCAAGCUCGAGAUAUUUGGCUGCCAAUUCGAGGAAUCUCUCAUCUUUUGACCGUCCUGUCCAGGGCAUGCUCCAGGCAGCUGUUCAGCAUAGGAAUUCCUCCAGCCAUGGCGGGAAAUCCCUAGAGAAUCCCCAGAAUCUUCCUCCUCUCCCAGUUCCUUCACUCAAAGAAACCCUCACGAGAUUCCUCACCACUGUACAGCCCCAUCUCAAUGAGGAGGAAUUCCGACGCACCAGGAGCAUUGUGGACAAGUUCAGUCAACCAGGUAAUGAUGGAGAGACUCUUCAGAAACUCCUGGAAGCCAGAGCUGGCCUAAAGAGCAAUUGGCUAGCUGAAUGGUGGCUCAAAACUGCCUAUUUGGGCUACAGAGAUCCCGUUGUGGUCUGGUCUAGUCCAGGAAUUGUCUUCCCCGAGAGAACCUUCUCCUCCGAGAGAGAUCGUUUGUCCUUUGCGGCCAAAAUUAUAACAGCAUCCUUGAAAUUUAAGGCUGAGAUUGACAAUGACAGAAUACCCGUUGAAAAAUUCGGGAAAAAUGAACUGGAUAUGCAGCAGUACAGAAAAAUCUUUGGAACUUGCAGAAUUCCAGGCAGAGAAAUUGACACAAUUGAAUUCAAUCCAAAAUCCAAGCAUAUUGUCGUGCUUCAUCGGGGAAAUAUCUACAAAGUACCCGUUUACGGAGGAUCAGGGCAGGACCAACUGCUCAAUGAAGAAGAAUUGAUUGAGCAGCUGCAGGAGUGCGUCAAAGGUACCAAAAAUCCCUAUCCAGUAGGAAUUCUCACUUCAGACAAUCGCAACAACUGGGGAAAAGCCCAUGAACUUUUACUGACAGAUCCCGUCAACAGAGCAUCCCUUGCUGAGACUCAGAAGGCCCUCUUCGUUUUAAGUCUGGAUGAUGCUGUUCCCAGGCCAUCGUCUUACAAGACAGUGACGAGUCAUCAGGUUAUCCACGGAGGAGGAUCGAAGCAAAAUGCAGGCAAUCGAUGGUACGACAAGACAGUACAGUUUAUUGUGGGAGAAGAUGGACUGAAUGGUUUAACUUACGAACAUACACCAGCUGAAGGUGGUCCAAUAGCUGUUCUCACUGAUCAAAUCCUCAAAUAUGCAGAUUCAAAAGAGCCUCAAAGUCAAAGUCGAAGUGGAAAUGUUGAGAAACCGAAACUACUGACCUUCAAUCUUAGCCAAGAUGUGAAAAAUUGCAUUGACGAAGCUUCGAGAAAUAUCGAUGCAUUGUCCGGAAAUCUGGACAUGGACUAUCUCCAUUUUAAGGAGUUCGGAAAGGGUUUUAUUAAAACACACAAAAUCAGUCCUGAUAGUUUUAUCCAGAUUGCUCUUCAGUACACCUUUUUGAGGUUGCAUGGGGUUCCUGGAGCUCACUAUGAAUCUGCCCAUACGAGGUUGUUUGUACAUGGAAGAACGGAAACGAUAAGGUCGUGUUCCAAUGAUUCUGUGGCAUUUGCGAAGUCUAUGAUGGAAAGUGGAACGAAUGAGGAUAGGGUUGAGAAACUUUUGGCUGCUAUUAAGGCUCACAAAGAUUACACGAUGUUGGCGAUGCAAGGAAAAGGAGUUGAUAGGCAUCUUUUGGGUCUCAAAUUAACUGCCCAGGAGAAUAAUAUGAAGGUUCCAGAACUCUUCAGUGAUGUUGGGUAUGUAAAGAGUUCUCACAUGAGACUCUCAACGAGUCAGGUUGCGUCCAAGUAUGAAGCUUACAUGUGCUAUGGGCCUCUUGUGGACAAUGGCUACGGAUGCUGCUACAAUCCUCGAGAAGAUGACAUGCUCUUUGGCAUAUCAGCCUUCAAUUCUUGCCCAGAAACCUCAGCUAAGAAAUUCAGCGUAACGCUCAAGGAAUCCCUGAUGGACAUGUACAAAAUCCUCGCAGCAACGGGAAAAGGCAUCAAGAGCAAGCUUUAGAAAAUUUGCUGAUCUUGCCCUAUUUUUUACCCAAAUAUUUUUUGAGAUUAUAUGCUUUAUAGCAGUGA